CGCUGCGUUCCAGCGCAUUCGUUCGAGGGACCCACUUUUGCAUUCGUCUCGAGCUCUCAUCACCUCUACGCUUGCCUUCCAAGCCAUGAGCACUAUUCCCCCUCACGAUCUCGAGACUGGCCAAGCCGUCAUCCCAACGGGCCAAGUCGCCAGCCCGAUGGGCCAGCGCCAGGUCAACGUCGACCAGAACGGUAUUAUCAUUGGCCAAUGGAAGUCGGGGAUCUGUGGAUGCCUCGAUGCAUGCGUUCCUAACUUCUUGAUGGUGUGGUUCUGCCCGUGUAUCUCGUUCGCGCAGACGCGCCACCGCUUGAACGGGUCCUUCUGGAGCUCGUGCUGCCUCUUCACGCUGUGUUUUGGGCUUCCCAUCUUCUGCAUCCGCGGCGAAGUUCGCGCGCGCUUCCGAAUCCCCGGUAGCUGCUGCGAGGACGUUUGCUGCGCGUGCUGUUGCCCGAUUUGCGUCCUCACCCAGGUCGCGACCCACACAGAGUCGUACACGCCCGGCUCGUGCAACUUCGGCCCAAAAGACCACACGUUACUGGGAUGCACGGCAAGCGGUGUGCGGUACAUGAGUACACACGAAGGUACGUAA